CUUAUAUUGUGCUAAUUGACAACGAACGCACACAUCGCAGUAGCUCAUUCCUUUUCUGCCGAAAGACUGGAAGCGAAAAAGUUCGUCACGUUUUCAAGCAUUUUCUUUCUAAAUUUUAUGUAGGUACGAGAUUGAAAGUGCAUAACAGCAACGACAUCAAGAAAAAGUAAAGACGAACUAAGUGCAACAAAAUGCCUAAAAAUAAAGGAAAAGGAGGUAAAAAUCGUCGUCGUGGAAAGAACGAAAAUGAAUUUGAGAAACGUGAAUUGAUUUUCAAGGAGGAUCAGCAGGAAUAUGCACAAGUUACAAAAAUGUUGGGAAACGGUCGUUUGGAGGCAACAUGCUUCGAUGGAGUAAAACGUCUGUGCCACAUUCGGGGGAAACUCAGAAAGAAGGUUUGGAUCAAUCAAGGUGAUAUCAUUCUGGUCGGUUUACGAGACUAUCAGGAUUCGAAAGCUGAUGUCAUCUUGAAGUACACACCCGAUGAGGCGAGAAAUUUGAAAACAUAUGGCGAGUUCCCCGAAUCGGUGCGCAUCAAUGACACAGUCACCUUCGUCGAGGAUGGUUUCGAUGAGGAUAUCGAGUUCGGUGAUGAGAUCAGUUCUGAGGACGAUGCUGAUUCAGUAGACAAUAUAUGAUUAACAAGAAAUAAGCGCGAGUCUUCGACCCAACAACAACAAGAAGAAGAACUAAGUAAAAUGAAAAUUUGAAAAGAGUAAAUAAACAAAAAAUGCAAGUACAUAAUGAUAUAUUGAAAAGCAAAGCUAGUUGAACAGAAAAGAAAAAUUGUGAAAUAUUAACAAAAAAAAAUAAUAAAAAAAUAAAAACCAAAACAAGAAAGUUAAAAGAAUUAAAAUAAUUGCAAAAACAAACACGAAAAAUGUGAGCGUCAGCGACUUUAGAGGCAAACAACAGCACUGCAAAUAAACCACAUAUUAACGCUGUAAGAAAAAAUUAAGGAUGCCUGGGGUUUUCAUUUCGAAAUAUUGUGAAAUUGAUUCUUUUUAUUUAUCAAGCGGUGUAAUGAGAAACAAGAAAAGAUAUAAAAUGCCUAUCGCAAAAAUUGAGCGAAUUCUAUGCAAACUGGCAGAAAUUUAGUCUUCAAAGGCCAAGGUGAACAAGCGUGUAGCGAUAACAGCAAUGCAACAACAACAACAUACGUGCAUAUAGUCGAAAGAUAUGUGCAUAUGUACAUAUAAAAAAAACUCACUUUCUCUGAAAUAUUAUUAAAAAUAUACAUACAUACAUAUAUUUAAUUAGUUCUUUAAAUAGAAGUAAUUAAUUA